UAAAACCCCAACUACGACGACAAGUCCACAGAGAAACAGAGGAAGAAGAGAGAGAGAGCUCCGAGCUCCAAACCAAGAGAAGGAGGAGAGCUCUUGAAGAGAUGGAGGUUGCUUCGCUUCCCGGAAUCCCUAUGCUCGCCUUAUCCAGAACCAUGAGGCUCGCAUCCAAAUCCUCUCUCCACCGCCGCCUUCCGCUUCCUCCUAUCCGAGCGCAGAGACUUCUCCCGGCUUCGAUCUCACCUUUAUGUUCCUCAUUCGUUGGUUUGAGGACGCCCCGUGAGCGUUUCUUGAUUUCGUUUAUCGGGAAUGUGCUGCGGAGUGCGGCUUUGGCGCGGCCUGGGUUUGCUUGUGUCUCGAGCUCUGCUGCGGGAUUUUCUGGGGUUGCUGGAGGUGGUGCUGGUGAGGGGUUUGGAGGUGGGAGAGGUGGUGGAGGAGGAGAUGGUAGUGGGGGUCAGAGUGCGGGAGAUGGGGAGGUGAAGUCGCCUCUUGCUGUGGAUGCUGGUGAGGCGUCGGGGAUGGGUGCCGAUGUGAUUAUCCUCGAUGUUGGAGGAAUGUCAUGUGGUGGAUGCGCUGCUAGUGUGAAGCGCAUUUUGGAAAGUCAGCCUAUGGUGUCUUCUGCAAGUGUCAACCUUGCGACUGAGAUGGCAGUUGUGUGGACUACCCCUGAAGCUAAGGUUUCCCAAAAUUGGAAACAGCAAUUGGGGGAGAAACUGGCAAUGCAUUUGACCACCUGCGGUUUCAAGUCCAGCCUCCGAGAUUCAGCGAGAGAAACCUUUAAUGGAGUUUUUGAAAGGAAGUUCAAUGAAAAGCUUCAACGCUUGAAGCAGAGUGGUAGAGAGCUUGCUGUAUCCUGGGUAUUAUGUGCUGUGUGCCUUGUGGGGCAUGCUGCUCAUUUUCUAGGAAAAAGUGGGCCCUCGUGGAUGCAUGCCUGCCAUUCCACUGGAUUUCAUGUAUCACUAUCUUUGUUUACGUUUUUGGUCCUGGGUCGUAGACUUAUUCUUGAUGGCUUGAGGAGUUUGUUCAAGGGCUCCCCUAAUAUGAAUACUUUAGUUGGUUUAGGCGCUUUAUCUUCUUUUGCUGUCAGCUCUGUUGCAGCUCUCUUACCUAGACUGGGAUGGAAAACAUUUUUCGAAGAACCAAUAAUGUUAAUAGCAUUUGUUCUGUUAGGAAAGAAUCUUGAACAAAGAGCAAAACUAAAAGCCACCAGUGACAUGACUGGACUUCUAAGCAUUCUUCCAUCAAAAGCACGCCUCAUGGUGAAUAAUGAUACUGAGCAAAUUUCCUCACUUGUUGAGGUUCCUUGCGAUACCCUCGCUGUUGGAGAUCAUAUUGUUGUUCUACCAGGGGAUCGUGUUCCAGCCGAUGGAAUUGUUAAAGCUGGAAGGAGCACUGUUGAUGAAUCAAGCUUCACCGGAGAGCCUAUGCCAGUAACAAAACUUCCUGGGGCUAGUGUAACUGCUGGAAGUAUUAACUUGAAUGGCACACUUACAGUUGAAGUGAGAAGGCCUGGAGGUGAAACUGCCAUGGGAGAUAUUGUUCGCUUGGUGGAAGAAGCACAAACAAGGGAAGCUCCUGUGCAACGGCUUGCUGACAAGGUUGCUGGACAUUUUACUUAUGGGGUUAUGGCUUUCUCUGCUGCAACCUUUAUGUUUUGGAGUUUGUUUGGUUCGCAACUUGUACCAGCUGCUAUUUAUCAUGGGAGUCCUAUAUCUUUGGCAUUGCAACUUUCCUGCAGUGUUUUGGUUGUUGCUUGUCCAUGUGCACUUGGCCUUGCCACACCAACUGCCGUGCUGGUGGGAACAUCCUUAGGAGCAACCAAAGGAUUACUCUUACGAGGUGGAAAUGUCCUUGAAAAAUUUGCAGGUGUUGACACCAUUGUAUUUGACAAAACUGGGACUUUGACAAUUGGGAAACCUGUGGUGACCAGCAUUUUGACUACCCAACCUGAGGAAAAUAAGUUUUCAAAAAAAUGGACAGAAAAUGAAAUUUUAAACUUGGCUGCUGGAGUUGAAUCAAAUACAAAUCAUCCAGUUGGAAAAGCUAUAACAGAAGCUGCUCGUGCUGCCGGUUGUCAUAAUGUGAAGGCCACUGAUGGAACGUUUAAGGAGGAGCCUGGUUCUGGUGCGGUGGCUACCGUUGAGGGCAAGAUGGUUGUGGUUGGGACAUUUAGUUGGCUUAGCAGGCACGGAAUUCAUCACCCCAUGCCAUUAGAGGCAGAACUAAACAAUCAAUCGGUUGUAUAUGUGGGAGUUGAUGGCGAGUUUGUUGGAACUAUUUACCUUGAAGACCAAAUCAGGGAAGAUGCUCGACAAGUUGUUGAGUCCUUGACUAAGCAGGGACUAUCCACUUAUAUGCUAUCUGGAGACCGGAAGAGUACUGCUGAAUAUGUAGCAUCAGUGGUUGGCAUACCGAAGGACAAGGUGCUUUCAGGUGUCAAGCCAGAAGAAAAGAAAAGGUUCAUAUGUGAACUUCAGAAGGGGAGAAAAGGUGUUGCAAUGGUUGGUGAUGGUAUUAAUGAUGCUGCUGCGUUGGCUUCUUCAGAUGUUGGAAUUGCCAUGGGUGAAGGUGUUGGUGCAGCUAGUGAUGUGUCGUCCAUUGUCCUUAUGGGAAACAAAUUAUCACAGUUGAUUGAUGCACUGGAAUUGAGCAAAUUGACAAUGGAGACUGUCAAGCAAAAUCUCUGGUGGGCGUUUGCAUAUAACAUUGUUGGAAUUCCGAUCGCUGCUGGAGCAUUGCUGCCGGUAACCGGAACAAUGUUGACACCUUCUAUUGCCGGAGCUCUAAUGGGGUUGAGUUCAGUGGGAGUGAUGACGAACUCUCUUCUUCUACGACUCAAGUUAGGCUCAAACCCAGAAACACCAAAAUGAUCAUGUACUCAAGGAGGAAAUCGACUCCGCGUCGGUCUCAAAUGUUAUCAUCGACAUCAAUAGCAGUUCAGCGAGACCUCACAGCGCAAAAUGGAGAAAUGCUUGAUCAGCAAUAAGAACCUCAGGACCCCUCGGUCUAAAAAAUCAAGCAUAAUGAAGAUGUGAAUCCAUUACAUCAACCUAACAAUUGAUCAUAUAUAUAUAUAUAUAUACUUAUGGUUCAUAGUUCAUGAUGUAAUACUGUUUUCUUAUUCCACAGGCUAAGUUUUCAUCAGCUAUGAACGUUGUUGAUGUCCCCUACUUUUAAUAAGUGGGCAUCUGCAUUACCAAUUGACAUUAUUCGUCAUUAUGACCGAGGAUAUUCACAUUAUUUUAGUACUUUAACAAUUACAAUGGAU